AUGUCACAUUCCUCAAAUGCAGAGGAGAUUAAACCAUGCCCUCGCUGCGGCGCCUACAUCAUGAAGACCAACGAUGGCAGCUGUAACCGUAUGAACUGCACUGUGUGUGCCUGUCAGUUCUGCUGGCUGUGUAUGCAGGAGAUUACAGACGUGCACUACCUCAGUCCCUCAGGAUGCACAUUUUGGGGGAAGAAGCCUUGGUCUCAAACCCGCAAAGUACUGUGGCAGGUGGGCAUGUUACUUGGAGCCCCUGUGGUCAUCUCCCUCAUAGCGGGCAUUGCCAUUCCAGUUAUCAUAGUGGGCAUACCAAUCUACAUGGGCCGUAAGGUCCACGGUCGCUGUAAGAAAAAUAGCAUCUCAGGAAGUAAGCACUACUUGACUGUGGCGAGCGGGGUGAUGAUGUCAGUGUUUGUGUCGCCGGUCAUAGCAGCUGUCACUGUUGGUGUUGGUGUGCCGCUAAUGCUGACUUAUGUCUACGGGGUCGUUCCUAUGUCACUCUGUAGGAACGGCUGGUGUCGGUCACAGAACGAGCCCCCUGAAACACACAAAAUACAGCUCGAAGACUUGGCCAACUAUCUUCUAUUCUCUCAUGUAGUCAGCGAUCACUGGACGGGUCAGAGCAACUCAACGGCCAGUGACACCAGUGUCCAGGAAGUCAGAGUCAGUGUACAGGAAGUGGGCGUCCUCCCGAGUACGAGCACCAUGCCGCCAGAGCUAGAUAAAUACUUGGACGUGGAUGAAGCUGCCCAUCGUCACGGAUACACCCAGCAGGACAGUCAGUCUGACUGCGAGGUGGUGGUUGUUUCUGACAGUAAGCUUGAUGACGCACAAGCAAUUAGUCUGAGAGAAAGAACCAACAUUGAAGUUUGUGUGGAAAUCGAAACUCACCCGAGAGCCGUCCGCCGGUCCAGUACAAGUAGUGUCCUGUCCAGCCGAAGUCUGUCAGCUGAGUCCCUGGGCCACUCCCAGGACUACCCCUGUGCCUCAGAGCUGGAAGAAAGACGAGAACGUGGUGGAGGACGAGGAGAGGAGCUGAAUGGAAGAGAGAAACCAGGAGGAAGCGUCUUUUCUGUCUUUGAAACUGUUGAUGUAUGAAGAACGCGGGAGCAUGUUUUCUACUUGAUUUAGUCAGAUUUUAUGGAAACAGACUAAAUUCUGAGAUGACACCGUCAUCGAAUGGACCUUAAAGUUUUCAGCCAAGGUCAUCCCUUCUGCUUCAGUGAUGAGACCUUCCACCAAAUGCCUUCACCCUCCAAUCUCUAAGGACUUUUUGGGCUGUGAGAGCCAGUGAAAAAAUCUGUAUGUAUUUGUAUGGAUGAGCAUGAGACUAUAGUAUAAAAACUAUAAAGCAGA